AUGAUUGGCCCGGAGUGGUUGCCCCGUCUCGCAGCUCCUUCCAAAAACCUCAAGAUACCACCCAAACCAUUCGACUACCGACAGAACGUCCCCCCCCUCGAGAACUCGGUCUCUAUGCAACCUGAUCUUCAGGCACAGAUCGACCAAGCAUUAUUCGACUACGACAACAUGGCGUUGCCGGCUCCGAAAAUCGGAGACCAGUUCCAAAAGAUCAACGACGCCUUGAUGGAGCUCACCAGACUGCUCUUUCCAAUCGACCCGGAGAUGGCUUGCGAGUUGGUCAAGGAGCAGUAUCGCUGCGAAAUGCAGUGA